AUGCCCAUUCUGCGCAAGCCUCAGGAAACCGUGCCGCCUACCGAAGACCCUCCACCGAGCGGUCCCAUCGACAUUCCCAUACCCAUCAAUGUAUUCGGAGCACGCCGACAGUUGAAGGUAGAGUUCGACAUUAAGAACCGUACGAUGUCGUUACCUGUCAAUAUGUUCGGCGUUCGCAGGCACCCGCUUUCGUACGUCCCCAUUUCGCAUCUCAAACGCAUCAUCCAAUUCAAUCCUAUGAUCCAAUACCACAGGUUGUCGAUGCGACAGAAGACCAUGUACAUCAACGGCAUUCCAGCCUCAUACGUCUACCACACCGUCGGCCCCGUCCUCGCGACCGCACCGGCUCUGCUCAUACUUCGCAAUGAGCGCUCCUGGUCGCGCCCGCGUUACUGGGGCAAAUCGCUUGCCAUUGGCGCGCUCGUUUGGGCUGGCGUCAACGUCGGUCACGGUGCCAUGGCAACCGUAUGGUGGGCACGCAACUUCGAUGAGCGAGUGAGGGGCGUGAGGGAGGCGAAAUGGUGGCCUAAGCGGUGGAGCGGACGGGACCAGGAAGAAUGA